UUGAAGCAGAGGAGAAAUGUGUUGUGCGGUCACGAAGGGUUUUAUUAUGUUGUGUGCGUACGUAAUUUUGUCGAUGGAAGCUACGUAAAGCGUCCCCCAUGAAGAGUUCGGAGCAAGAUGGUUAGAGAGACUCGUCACCUUUGGGUUGGGAAUUUGCCGGAGAAUAUCCGCGAGGAUCGGAUUCGAGAACAUUUCAAACGCUAUGGGCGAGUGCAAAGUGUUAAGUUGCUGCCGCGGCUCAAGGAGGAAGACGGGUCCACUGGGCUUUGUGCUACUGUGGCCUUCAUGGAUAUCAAAUCCGCCUCGAAGGCCCACAACAUGGAGCAUAAGCUGGACGACAGAUGCUUGAGCACGGAGUAUUACGAGCCUGCAGCCAUCCCAGGGGGUUCCGCCGCCCCCAUAUACGCGCCCCCUCCUCGUUUCCCUCAUGGGCCUGACGAUCGGUCUAGUCACUUCUACGAGCGUCGCGAGGGAGACGCCUACCUUCGGCGCUCGGCGACGACUUACCACGUAGCUGAUCCUCUGAGGGGUCGCACAAGGGACCGUCUCUAUAGAAACGGGCCCUACACGACGCUUCUGGAUAGAACCCAGGCGGCACAUCACCGGCCCCUGGGGAACUCGUGGAACUACGACGGCACGGCGAGCGGUCGUUAUCCCGCCACCAACCCCACCCUUGACCCCUACCCGGAGGAGCGGCGUGAAACGCAACCCGUGGUGCACAAGAAGCGUCCAAAAUCCAGCAGGUCGGGGAGUGAAUCAGGUUCCAACUCAGGGUCAAGUCACUCUCGGUCCAGAUCUCGUAGCCGUUCGCAUUCCAGCUCCAGCUCUAGCCAAUCAGGUUCCAGCAGUUGCAGCUCGGGUACAUCGUCACCAGGAACUGAUAAGUCCUGCUCCCCUCACAGCAGUAGUCACCUUGGGGCAGCAAGGAGUGGGCGCGUGGGAGGGGUGGCUCUGCAAUCAGCGGUGAGUGCUCCGCAUGCUAACAACGUGAGUCCAGCUGUCCAGAGUGAAGAUCGAAGGCCUCUGGCAAUCUGUGUCCGUAAUCUGCCUAUUCGCUCCAGUGAUACGAGUCUGAAGGAUGGGUUGUUCCACGAGUACAAGAAGCAUGGGAAGGUAACGUGUGUGAAGGUGGUUGGGCAGGCAGGCGAUCGCUAUGCAUUGGUCUGCUUCAAGAAGGCAGAUGAUGUGGAGAAGGCGCUUGAAGAGUCGCACAACAAACUCUUCUUUGGUUGCAAGAUUGAGGUGGCACCCUGCCAGGGCUAUGAUGUGGAGGACAAUGAAUUCAGGCCUUACGAAGCGGAAUUGGACGAGUUUCAUCCGAAGGCAACACGGACUCUGUUUAUUGGCAACUUGGAGAAAGAUGUUACACCAUCGGAACUUCGGAAGCACUUUGAGCAGUUCGGGGAAAUCAUCGAGAUUGACAUCAAGAAACAGGGUGUUGUGUCAUCUUAUGCCUUCUGCCAGUAUUCAGACAUAGCGAGUGUCGUUAAAGCUAUGCGGACAAUGGAUGGUGAACAUCUUGGCAACAAUCGCAUCAAGCUUGGCUUUGGCAAGUCCAUGGCUACUAAUUGCGUUUGGGUGGAUGGCAUUGCAGAUACAGUGUCAGAGAAGUACCUAAAUCUUCAGUUCAAUCAGUUUGGCAACAUCACUCAUGUCACCGUUGAUCGUGAAAGAGGGCAUGCUCUUAUCUAUUUUGAGCAGAUCCCUUAUGCCCAGAAUGCAGUGCGUGAGAUGAGGGGAGUGCUGCUCCGCGGUCGCAAGCUGCAGGUUGACUUUGCUUCUCGAGAGUGCCAAGAAGCAUUUUAUGAACACUUAGAGAAACAGGGUCAUGCUGUCGGUGGCGAACGGCCAUGGGAGCGCUAUGAUAGCAACAGCCGAGAGGUACAGGCGGGGAGGUUUGAGACAACAGUUGUAGUGCCAGGUGCUCGAUUCACAAGAUAUGAAACACCGCAGCGCCCACGAGCUGCAUCGUACAGCCGGACUGCAAACUGCAGUACAGUUGCACCAGUGGCAGCUGCUGUUGGAACCACUGUCGGACAAGGGAGGACAGCAGCACGCACCCAGCGGGCAGGGCAGCGGUACGAAUACUAUGAUACGGAGUACCCUGAUAGGAGAUACAGGAACUAUGAUGAAUUCAGUCAGGGAAGCGCAGCAAGUCAUGAUGACUCUUAUGAACAGGAGUUGCGUGAUUACGGCUAUUGUCAGCGUGAACGAGGGGAUAGUAGCCCAUCACCAGGAGCAUGUGAAGGGGAGACAUCGUCUCUGCGGCGGAGUGUUGCUGUGGUGGCUGCACGACCUGCCAAGAGUUGCAGCCCUGGGGACAAGGUUCCCUGUAAUGAAGAGGACCCUGCUUACAAACGCCAUUCCCUGCAGAGUGUCGUCGUGAGCAGUGACGUUGGUGCCCCCUCCCAGCUGCCCCCUCCGCCGAGUACUGCACAGCAUCCGCAUGAUAUCCGCCACCUGCAGAAGGAAAGGGUUCACAUUCAGACCCUGUUAGAACAGCUGGAGAGUUCUGGUGAUGAUGACGGUAGUAUGGCAAGCUCAGCGCCUAAGAAGCGGCUCAAGCUUGCAAGUGACGACUGCGGAGAGCCCCCACCCUCUCUACCCAUAUGUGCAGUUGGACCAGGUGGAAUGGACAUGUGUUACGAAAAUCAUGGUGAUGUAGUUGCACCGUCUUUGGUUGUGACAACGCACAACCAUAGGAAAAGUGUGUCGGAAGUACGGAGGUUGUCUGACAUUAGUGGUAAGCACUGCAGCCGGAGACUUAGUGCAGACAGUACAUCAAAACAUGGUGGGGUUGGGAGGGAUGUAUGUGAAACAUCUGCAGAUCGCCUGGUGUCAGUGCAGUCUUAUUCUCCUCAUCCUGUGUGCAAGCGCCGUAAAACUGGGAGUAGCACUAGUGAAAGUGAGGACCGUGUUAGUUGUCGUAGUGGUAAGCAUUCUCAUCACCACCAUCACCAUCAACAUGGAGAACCUGCUAGUGGCACAUUGCCUGUGAGUGGGGGGGAGAGUGUGGACGGUAGCCGACCUGGUACACCUCUGUGUGAUGAAAGACCAGAAAACUUAUUGCCACCCACAGAGCCUCGUCGUUUUCCCCGUGACAGGCUUGCCACUGAGGGCCCUCUGUCACUACCCCUUCCAAGGUUUGCUGCACAAGUUCUUUCGUCUACCCCUCGUUUAUCAGUUUCAGUGUCUGGUGUAUCACCAUCUGCUAGCAAAGGUGCCCCAGUGUCAUCACCUCCUGCUGUUAUAACUUCUCCACGACCUGUACCAUCACAUUCGCAGCCAGUCGUACAUCAGCUCCCACCCAGUCCUGUCCCUGCACCUCCUCCAGCAUCACCGCCACCAAGACCUGAGUCAAUCCUUUCGUCGUCAUCGUCCGACUCUGAGCUCUCACCACCAUCUCCCAUGCUCGAGGAGCGCAUUCGUUCUCUGGAUGAAAAGUAUGAGAAAUGGUCAGUUUCACGAGCAGUAAGUCUAAAAGGGAGUGAAGCACCUGCGAAGUUGAGUGCAGCAAAUGAUGAGCGUUUCAGUUUCUACGAAUGCAUGAUUAAUGAGAAGUUUACCAAUCUACCACAAUCAGACAUCGUGAAAUCAGUACUUGCCAAGAGAAGUGUGUUUGAUGAGGACUUAAAACGACUUGCAAAUUUUAACGACAAAUAUGAGCCUCGAGAAUUUAUUCCAUUUACACGCCCCCCUGGUUGUUUCCAAAGUUUGCGAAUCAAGACCGAGUGUAUGAGGGAGGUUCAGUGUGUAACACCAACUAAAGCAGUGGGGUUAGCUACUUCUGUUGCUAGUACCUCAGCCGCUGUUGGAAUAACUGGAAAGGUGGUAUCAUUCCCGAACCCUCCUAGCAGACUAAUAGGUACUCCUUCACCAUUACACUCUCCCUCUCAGCCCAUCCCAAAGUCUCCAUUUUCACCAGGCACACCAACCACACCCACAGUUCCAAAGUCGUUUAUGUCUGUAUCUCCAGUAGGUAUAACCCCCCUGCAUACCCAGUGUGGAUCCAAACUGCAGCAGCAGCAGCAACAACCUGUACCAAAGACUCCAAGUACUGUACUGCCACCUGCUGCCAAGGGACUUCAGUAUCCCUUUCCCAGCCAUCCACCAGUUUUGCCAACCACUACAGUAGCCACCACUACAGCAACAACUACUGCAGCGUUGGUGUCUGUGUCAAGUGCGGGAGUGAAACCUAGCUUGUCAGUGACUGUGCCGACAUCAUCCACAGGUACUGUACUUUCACCCGAAAUAGCAAGGACUUGUUCAGUAAAGCCUGUUGGAUUAUUAACAAAUACUACCACAUAUUCAGCAGAUAUGUCGCGAUGCUCCAUGGGGAGGCCAUCAGCGACGGUUGUCACUGUGACUACAGACACAAAACCUACCCCAGAAGUUACAAGUCGAAUUCCUUCGAAACUUGUUUCUUCUGCGCCCACCCCCUCUUCUACAGCAGCAACUAAUAGAGUUCCGUCGCCCGGUGUGUUACGAUUACCAACAUGUGUCAAACCCUCCACACCAACAGUAACAUCUGUGUCAGUGAGCACUGCAUUGGUUCCGGAUACAAUGCGAACAUCUACUGUAGGUGUAAAAUGCUCCAGCGUUUCAGUGAUGUCAUUGCCAGAAGUUACAAGAUUCCAGCCCAUGACAACAUGCACGUCGACACGGGUUUCGUCAACUGUUGUACCUUCUUCGCAAUCAACACCAAAGUUCUUCUCAACAAUGGCAUCAUCUCUACCAGCCUCUGUGAAAGUUUCAUCGUCUGCAAGCAAGCCAAUUUCAAAUGCUUUGUCGGCUGUUACAACAGCUGUGAGUUCAUUUCCGCAGACAUCACCACCAAAACCUUCAAAACCAGCGGAACAGUCACUGAAGAGUAACAAGGAGCAUAGUCCUGUUCAUGUUAGAUCAGAUGCUCCUCACUCAGACAACAUUCCUUCAGUUAAAUCGCCAAGUGAAAUUCCUGUUGUGUCAUGUAGUCCAAAAAUUGUUAUUGUCCCGGUUUCUGUCACCAAUGCUUGUGCACCUACUGUGACCACGGUGGUUGCUUCUAUUACUGCAACAACCACAGUAUUAACCAUGACCAUGGCAUCUACAGUCGUCACUUCAACAACUUUCACAACUUCAUUGUCAACUCCUACAACGAAUUCCUCCUCAGAGUCGACAAGAUCAAACCUUAAGCCAAAACCCUGUUCUUUGUCAAAGAAGGAACAAUCAUUGCAAUCACAAUCUCAGCACCCCACUAAAGACAAACAGUGUGAUAUUGGGAAGCAGUCAGCUGGUUUGAAGAAAGAGCCGCUUUCAACUUUUUCAGCAGGUUCAUUGAAUGCUUCCAAGAAAGAUAGAGAUAGCAUUUGCAGAGAACAAGAAAUGAAGAACAGUUCAAGCAGUGGUCACAAAUCCAAGACGACAUGUCAUGUGGAAGAGAAGAGAGAGAGGAAAGAGAGUGUUGGAUCAGUGAGUGCUAGAAGGGACAGUGAGAAAGAUGGGAUACCUAGUGACAGACUGAGGGAACGAGCAGAAAGUACAGAAAAGGAUAAAAGAAAGGAUAGGGAGUCCAUGGAAUGUGCAGAGAGAGAAAGAAGGAAAGACAGUCAUUCUGUGGAUGCAGAAAAGGAAAGAAGGAAGGAUAGUGUUGAUAGUUUGGAAAAGGAGAAACAGAGAGAUGAAUGUAUAGAUCUGGACAGGAGAAGGGAUGCUGUGGAAUUCACUGAUAAAGAUAGAUGGAAGGAUGGGCAUGUCGACAGUAUUGACAAAGAUAGGUGGAAGGAGAGAGAAGAGAACCAGGAAAAGGACCGACGAAAAGAGAAUCACAUGACUGAUAAGGAAUUAGAGGUUGCAGUGGAUGUUGAGAAACGAAUGGAAAAUACAGAGAAACAGAGCAAGGAGCGCCGAAAGGAACGUGGAAGCACCAGCAGUUCACCAGCCAGCAUAGGGUGUAAGCGACGCAUGAGUUCUCAAGACAGUGUGGACAGUGUACCUGAUGAUGCCAAGCGCCUCAAGUUGGAGCAUCGCAAGAUCUCAGAGCGACGUGAUUCCAAGGACAGUGGGCGUAGUAGCAGCAGCAGUAAACGCAGCAACAGUGAACGCCCACGAAGUCAUGGCAGUGCUAGUGCAAGUACUGACACCAAAGGUUUUGCCAAACUCCUGGAGGAUAAAAUUCGUGAGGACAACAUACGUCAGCAGGGCAAGGAAGAUGCUGAUCGGAAGAAGGAGAACUGUGACAAGCACAAAUCUAAAGACAAGCAGAAGAAAAAGAGCAAGUCAGACAGGGACAGUCCCAAGGAAAUGAGGGACUUUGGUAACAAACCUACAAAGGACCCAGCUCUUGAUAAAGAACUAUCUCCUAAAUCUGGUAAAAAGAAGGAUGAUAGUGAUGUCGAAGAUAAGGAAGAUGGGAAACAUAAACACAGUAAAAGAGAAACAAAAGAGAAAAAGAAACAGAUGAAGGAAGAGUUUGGAAGCAGCGAGUUUUUGGAUGAGAAAGGACGGGCAGCAAAGAAGGACAAGAGGAAUAGCAGUGAGCGGAGGAAAGAGGAGGACAUAGGAAAGGAUGAUCAGAAGUUCAUAUCACAGAAAAAGGAAAGCAAGUCCCAGAAGAAGGAAGUCAGUAAUUCGGAUUCUGACAGUGAGGAUGGGAGUGGUGAUGGACCCAAGAAACAUUCCAUAUUUGAUAUAGUGGAUGAUGGCCCAGCGUACAUCUCUAUGUAUGACAAGGUGAAAGCUAGAUCUACCAAGAACAUGCAGAAACAGGAGGAGGAACGACGCCAGGAAAUGAUGAGGGAGAAGUUUGAUUUGUUGAAGAAAAAACGAGCAAAGAGAGAAGAGAAGAAGCGAUCAACGUCAUGGGAUGAAGACUCUGAUUCAGGCAAUGAGCAUGGUGGCAAGUGCAAGCGUCAUGUCAAACUGAUGAUCAGCAGCUCAUCCGAGGAUGACGGCCGUUCACGUUAUGAUGGCGAUGCAUCCAAAUUGAGAAAAAGCAGGCCAGUGGUGCGAAUCAAGAAAGAAGAUAUUUGUACUGGAAAAUCUGAUUCAGAUUCUGACAUUCUUGGAAGAAUUGGCAAAGAAGUGCGCAGAUCUGGAGCUGCUGGGAAACAAGAUGGCAGUGAAGAUGACGACACCUCAGCUCGAACCAAGCAUCUUACAAUGUCUGGAAAGAAGGGAAACCGCUCCAAACUUGUUUCUGACACAUCUGAAGAUGAUAAUGCAACUGCCAGGUUUAAACCAAAUGAACAUAAGACAUUAGAUGCAUAUUCAGCUGAUAGUGAUGCUGAUCAGGGAUUUGCUGACUCAGAUGACAAAUUACCUACCUCGAAAAAGUCUGCUACUAAGAAUAAUAGAAUGGGCAAAGGAACAUUGGACUCCUCCAAUGAUGAAAGUAACAAAAAACUGAUCUCAGAUGUAAGUAAAACAGGUGCAGACAAACAGUUCAGUAUGAAGAAGGGUGGAAACAAAAGCAAAUUGAAUAAAAAUAUGCUGGAUUCCUCUGAUGAUGAGUAUAGUAGGAAGUUCCUGAGUGAUGUAGUAAAAUCAGAUACAUAUGCUGAUGAUAAGCAAGCCAGUUUGAAGAAAUCAUUUGUUAAAAAAAGAACCAAAGAUUCAGUGGAUUCAUCAGAUGAUGAGGGUUCCAGGAAACUGUCUGAUGGGUUGAAAACAGACAUUUAUGGGAAUGACAAGCAAUCAAAUCUAAAGAAAUCUUGUGUUAAAAAUAAGGCAAAAAAUACUGUGGAUUCAUCAGAUGAUGAAAAUAUGAGGAAGCUAUUAAAUACUCCCAAAACUGAUAUCUUUGGUGAAGAGAAACAGGCCCUGUUUAGAAAAUCUGUCCUGAAGAAUAAAACAGCUAAAAGUUUUCCAGAUCUUACUAUAGAGGAGAGUACAAAGAAAUUCCUCUCUGAUGCAGAAAAGGUCGAUAUUUAUGGAGAAAACAUUCAGGCAGUAAAGUAUGUUACAACACAGUUGAAAGCUACUGCAACUCUGAGCAAUUCUUCAGAUUGUGAAGCUGCUGCUUUGACGCCUCCACUUCAACUAGACCAGAAACAAUCUUUCCAUGGGAAUUCUGUUGACAAGGGAAAUGAUAUGCCUCGAAAGAAGUCACACAAAAAGAAACAAAAGCGCCAGAAAAACUUAGAGGCCAGUGAAGACAGUCUUGGAAAAAUGGCCUCUAUAGAAUCUGACCUAGCAGUGGAUAAACCUGAAGCUAAUGGUGGCAAGGUUAAAGUAGAUGGUGAGAGGAAGAGGCAUAAACGUGAACGUCGAAAAUCAACCCAUUGUAAGAGCAUAGAUGAUGACGAUUGUAAACAGGCAAAAGUUCAUAAGAAGAAAGUUCCAAAGCCUGAGCUUGGUGUCCUAAAACCAGAGAGCAGUGUGAAACGCGAUGAAAAAAUGGAGGAUAUCUUUGGUCCAUUAUCAGAUGAUUCAGAGAGUGGACAUUUGAAGACCCCUGUGACACCGAACAAUGGAGGAAGUGGUCGCAUGUAUGAUAAAUUGCCAGGGAAGUGGCAGGUUUCCCUAGUGUAUGGUUCAGAUUCUGACUCAAAUGCAUCACUUCUUGGACCACGCAUGGAGUGCUUCCCUCCAACAGCAGCCAUUGUGUCACGCCCUAUUGAAAAGGAGCGUAAGAGACGCGAUAAAAAGAAACGAGACAAGAAAGCAAGUAGCGUGGAGUUGGUAGAGGCAGGACGGGCACUGGAAGCCAAGCUUCUCAGUUCUGAUGAUUACCCUGACCAGGCAUUGCCAAAGGCUUUACUGUCAUGUAAAAUAGAGAAACAUGAAGAUGGAACUCUGAAGGAGGAAAUGGGAAAUACUGAUGCUGAUGUUUUCAGGUUCACAGAUGGUGAUGAAAGCUUGGAAGCUGCUACUGCUCUAUUACUGGAGAAAGCAAAGGAAAAGAAAAAGAAACGUAAGAAGUCAAAAGAAGAGAAACAGGCCAGAAGAGACCAUCAUCACCAUCAUCAUCAUGACAAAUCAAAGUCUUCACCUGAAAGGAAGUUGAGCAUAACAAGUUCUCUGGAGGAUAGCAAACCAUCUCCCUUGUUGUCACCACUACUGCCCAGCUUGGAGAUGCCAUUGAGUCCACCUCUCAACAAACCUCCAAACCUCACAUCAGAUGAUGCUCUGUCUAGGUCACCUUCACACCAUGAAUCUGUUAUUAUUUCAGUUUCAACUGCUCCAAAGAUCACUGAAAAGAAAAAGCCUGAUAAAUUCAUACCAGGAUUUGGUACUGCUAUUGAUGACAUAAUCCAUGAAACAGCAGUUAAAAGUAUAUCAGAAUUUGAGGCUCCCAAGCCUAAGGUAGAGCUCCUUGUGAAAGAAGAAACUGGUGGAAAGGCAGAACAAGGACUCCCCAAGAACGAUGGGGAUGGACUUGGUAACGAGGAAGAGAAACCCCGAGCUGUCAUAUCGCAAGAGGAAACAGAGGAUGCAGUGGCAGCAUUGCUUGGUGAGUCAUUUGGAGCAGACUUCACUCCAUCUGAUUGUUAUGUAGGUGAAGGAAAUGGUAGCCCACAUACUACCUCACAAGCAGGCCCAGAACCUGCUUUGCCUACAGAUGAAGAAGAAGAGACACGCAAGGCCAUAGAGGCCAUUGAUAUGAAGCCUGACACACCACAGUCUGAACCUGACUUGCAAAUUGAUACUGAUACAGAUGGCGAUCCGGAACCAACUUAUUCUGGCCUUCGGUUCAGUGGAGAUGACCAGUCCCCCCGAACCCCUGAUGGGAUUGAUUUCUCACGACCACCAAAGACGCCUGACCUGCCAUCUUCGUAUUGCAGGCAGCAGCAAGGUACUAAACCAUAUGAACAAGAUUCCCUGCUAACCAAACCAUCCCUGCAGUCUGACUCAUCAUUGACCAUCAACAAACAGAUAUCUCCUACAAGAGAAUCGUUAGACAAGAAACCAGUAGAGCCCUUGGUGUGUUACCAGGAUCAAUCGUUACCUGACAGACCAGUUUCAAGUGAACAUCUUAAGUCUCAACCAGAACCUGAAACUGCACCAGUAGUUGCCGCUUCUUCCUGUGACACCAGUGACAGUCAUGUUGUUCACGAACAAAGGGAAGAUCUCGUGUCAGAAACUCAAGUGAUGGCUGGAAGUGAUGGGACUGUCAUCCCAAUGCCACCUUGCAUAACAUUCAAACCUAAGGAAGAAGUUGAAGAGAAAGUUGUAGAUUUGGCAUUAGUCAAACCGAAAGAUGAAGGUGUUAUCCCAUCAGAUGACAACAACCUUAGAAGCAUUAAAAUCAAGGAAGAAGACAAGGUAGACCUAAGCCACAUGUGCCCGAACACUGAAGUGAAGCUAGAGCCAACACCAGUGGAAGUUGCACCUUUAGAAAUAGAGCCACCUACCUCUCCCUGUCGUAGCCCUGUCAUAUCUAAAUCAAGCCCCCUUACUCCUUCAUCACCAAAUGAAAUUCCUGUAGAUGCCCCAGACAGUGUGAUGAAAGAUUUGAAGGAUGAACCAAAAUGUCAGGAAGGUAACAGUGACUUCAGGCCAUACCAAUUUGAUGAGGAUGUUGCAAGCAAAGAGAGUCACACUGAUUGUGGUUACAAGCCCGUGAAAGACUCUGACAGUACAGCAUUCAAAAGCAGUGAAAGUGUUGCUGGUCUAGAUAGGAGCUAUGUUUCUUCUGGAAAGGAAGACAGCGGUUUUGUUUCUGUUAUCAAGGAAGAACAUGCUAGUGAUAUUGCUAGAGAAUCAGACUUUUCAGAACCUGAAACAGAUAUGAAGGCUGAUAAUGACUUUGUAACCAACUUACUCGCGUCAGACUCAAUGACCCAAGCGCUCAAUAUUGAUGAUAAUAGCAGACCUGCAUUGAAGACUGAUGCUGAAAGUGGUUACAGUCCAUUCAAGGAGCGCGAAAUGGAGGUGUUGUCACUUAUCAAGGAGGCAGACAAUCAAUUUAAGAGUGCAGAAGAACAGGGCCCAUUUGCUCCCCCAACAUCCGAGUCUUCAACUUGUAAGGACACUUACGAAGUUUUGACACUUCAUAAAGAUCAUAAGCUAAAUGACAGGGAUAAUAUCACUGAUGCUUGGUCUGCUAAGGAGGUAAACAUGGAGUCAGUAAUAAAGAAGGUAGAUGCACUGUGUUCUGGUGAUGAGGUGAGUCCACAAAGUGAUUUGCCAGAAAAUGUGAAUGAGAUUGGAAACAAGCUUUGGUUUGAUCAGUUCAAAGAGAAGGCUGUUGAACCUUCAGCUCCUGAAGAGAUGAAAAAAGAUGCAGAGUCUGCAGAUGAAGUGCUCGAAAACCUGCAGUCACAAACUGAGCCUGUCAAACAAGAAUCAGUCUUGGAUACUGCGGAUGUUGAUGAAACCAAGGAAAAGGAUCAGCCCAAAUCUUGUGAAGAACAGGAAGAAAGUGUUCUAGCCAAAACCCCAACCAAGGAACUGGAUAGCAAUGCGGCACUGUCCACAUCACCUGAUGAUAAGAAUGAGCCAAUUUUGCCUUCAUCAUCCCCUGAAAGAGAGCAAGUGACAUCUUCACCAGAAGAUGAAGCACAGGACACAAACACUGAUGUGCAAAGUCCAGUGAGUGGACAACCUACUGUACGAUCUACUGCCCGUGGAGGAAGAGGUGGGCCACGUGGCAAGGCACAGACUCGAAUAACUGGUGUUACAACACGCAGAUCCAGACUAUCUGGUGGUCAGAAAGCUGCAGGUGAAGGUAUUUCAGUAACCCCUGUUUCCUCCAGGAGAGGUGGAAGGAGAAGCAGAGGAAGUGGUAGUAAAGCAUCUCUCCAAGAUCAGUCUUCAUCUCCUGCCAACAAGAAGCUUACCACUGACGUGUAUGAGUUCCAUGAUGACUCUGAGGAUGAAGGAAGCAACAGUGGAGAGAAAGGUCGACCGCGGCUGAUACUGACCAUCAAGAGUCCUCAGGCCAGUGUGUCUGUCAGUAGUGUUACAGGGAAGGAGGUUCAGGUUGCUACCAAGACAGCACCAGCACCCGUGCCAGUGGUUGAGACCAGAGAAGAGUUUCCAUCUCCGGUGACUCGCAAAUCUAGACGUUUGCAGGAGCGGGAUGGAUCUCGAAGUACAGUAGAUGAUGUGAUUGAGGAUGUGGUACGCAGUGCAGGAAAGAUUACUCGCUCUGCCACAGCAGCUGCAGCAGCCGCUGCUGCAAAUGCUGCAGGUCUUGGGUUAAGACCAAGGCGCUCAACAAGACAAAAUAUCGCCAAUCAGAGGGCACCCGUUACAGUACCUGAGCAACCAAGAAAGUCCCCUCGUGGUGGCAAGAGACAAGCCCAGCAACGUAGGUUAUCAGAAACACAUGAAGAGUCUAGUGAGGAGAAAAAGAAGCAAACAGAUGAUGAAACAGUGGCUGUCAAGGGACUGGAAUCUCCUGCAUUUGACAAAGACAUGGACACUAGCUCAGCCAAGUCACCAGAUUCAUUUGCAGCUUCUGACAAGGCACAUCUGUCUGAGAAAGAUGAAUCUGACACUCCUGCAGGGUCAAAAGCAGCAAAAGCUCAUACUGAAGAAGAUGAGGGUGAGCCCACAACUUUGAUAGAUCCUGUAACUGGACUGUUGAUUCCAAUGCGGGAAUCUGAAGAGGGACAGUAUAUUCCAGUGACUACAGCUCCUGUCAUCAUUCCUAUGGCAUCGACACCUCAGAUUACCACCAGGUCGCUUUCAGAAUCUCAGGAACUGCCUUGCACUAUGGUAGAAGCAGAUAGAACAAGGACACGUGCUCAAAGUGUGCCCACAAUACCAACAAGAAUACCUGCUCAGGAAGGGAUGCCAGCAGUUAGUGUGGCACAACAGAGCCAUGUACCGGUGAUCUCCAAUUCUGUGCCAAAGCCUGUGGCCACUACAUCUGUCACGGCACCACCUGGGCCUUCUGUUGUGGGACUAAGACCAGUUGGCAUUUGCAAAACUGGUGUCCAGACAACUUCAAGUACCAAAGCUGUGCCAACUACACUGAAAGCUCAUGUUUUACAGCAGACUGCCAAAACUGUUUCAUCACAGUCGGUUAGUACCACAGCAAAAGUUGUCCAGCCAAUUCUGCCACCACUGCCACCCUCAGCUGCUUCUACAGCCCAGCCUUCUGUGCCAUUGCAGUCUUCAGCAGUGAAGGUGCAUGCUAUUGCUCAGCCAUCCAUGAAGAACCAGACCGUACCAGUUACAGCAACAGUGUCACAUUCUAAGAAUCGAGAUGUCCUUCUGCACCAGACACCAUCACAACUGUCUCCUGUAGGUGUGGCCAAGAGCAUUCAGUCAGCAGUUGCCAUCAAUCCUAAAGCACAUUUACUGCAGGCAGUGACAGGAACGAAGUCUCCUGGAGGACAGACAGUUGUCGUGGCUCCUGGACAGGGGCAGGUGCCAAUUGCAAGCAAGAUCCAUCAUCUCAGUUGCCCCCCACCACUUCAACCCCAGCAGAUGGCAGUCAACAUGAAAGCCCCAUCACCAGGAGCCCUUACACCUAAAGCCCACUUACUGCAAGCUGUAUCAAGUGGUCCACCCAAAACUGGAUCCAGUUUUGUGCCUCAGCAGAAGUCACCACAUUCAUCACUAAUGAGUGUUGCGGGUAGUAAAGUGCCCACAUUGAGCCCACCUCAUCCUCCAAAAGCACAUCACAGUCCAGCACAGCAGCCCAUCUUGACGGGGGCAGUAGCUAGUCCACCAUUGAAGGCACCGCAGCUCUCGAGCCAACAGCCAGUUGUGACAGGGGCUAGCAGCUCUCGUGCUGCUGUGCCGAAGUCUCAGAUGCCAAAUGUAGUUAGUGCCCAUCUCACACAGCAUGGCAAAGGGAUGAUGGAGCCCCCCAAGGUGGACGUGUCAUUGGGGGGCUGUAUCGUGGUGCCCACUGCUAGCCCACAGACGCGUGGUCAGGUUCUCCAGGCUGGGUUGCCUGUACCAGCGUAUGAAGCUUCAUUGCAGCAUGCAGGUUCUGGUGGGGUGGUGGCAGAAUUACUUCCGAAUCCUCAGUUUGUACUGGCACAGAGGCAGCAGUCCCCCCCGCCCGCACACCAACAGGGAGAAGUGGUGCAGCAUGUGAACUUUCCGCAUCAUAUGCACAAUCCAUCACAUGAAUUGGCACAACAUUAUGUCCACCCUCAGAUCAUGUAUCACCAGUACUUGCGUGCACAUCAGGAAGCCCUGACAGCGCACAUACCUCGCUAUUUACCUCAAGGGCCCGUGAGAUCACCAUUGAUGGCAGGGUUGGAGGUGAAAUCUGAGCCAGAGUCAGAUGAGGCGCACGGUACCAGUCCGCCAUUGGAGCUUCGUAGGCCUUCUAGCAAUGGGGCUGUGGCACGUGGAGGCACUGUGGCCCACAGUUUGCAGUCGCCACAUGAUCGUACCACCGACUCACCACAGGUGGCGACAGUUUAUGUUCAUGCUGCAUCACGCCUCCCUCACUACACACCACCACAACCGCCACCACCACGUUACUAUGAACCUGGAGCGGAACCUCCGCCGGCACAUCUACGUACAUCACAUCAUCAUCACCCAUUGCCUGGUACCGAGGCACCAGCUACACAACCUCGCUUGCAGGUUGCCACUCCUCCUCAUGCCAGCCAAGUACCACCUCAGGCUGAUUCUCUACUUAUGCUUCUUCAGCGUUACCCAGUCAUGUGGCAAGGCCUCUUGGCUCUGAAGAAUGACCAAGCUGCUGUACAGAUGCACUUUGUCUUUGGGAAUCCACAUGUCGCACGUGAAUCCCUUCCCUGCAAUUCAGAUGGCAGCACACCACCUCUACGUAUUGCACAGCGAAUGAGGCUUGAGCAGACUCAAGUUGAUGGUGUUGCAAGGAAGAUGCAGAUGGACAAUGAGCACUGCAUGUUGCUUGCCUUGCCCUGUGGCAGAGAUCACAUGGAUGUUCUGCAACAGUCAAACAACCUCCAGACCGGAUUUAUAACAUACCUGCAACAAAAACAAGCAGCAGGAAUUGUCAACAUUGCAGCACCAGGCUCUCAGCAGGCUGCAUAUGUGGUGCAUAUCUUCCCAUCAUGUGACUUUGCCAAUGAGAACUUGGCGCGCAUUGCACCAGACCUGCUGCACAGAGUGGCAGAUAUUGCCCACCUUCUCAUUAUCAUUGCCACAGUCUGAAGCAGUUCAUUACCAGGAGUAUCAGCAUUCAUAAGUACAGGGAAUGUUUGUCGUAGAUUUUCUACAAAAUUAAUUUGGGCUUAAUUCCGUGUAAUCUCUCUUUCUGUGUAUUUCAUACUAUGUUUAACUGAAGUAUGAUUGGCUGGGUUCACAUAUGAGAGGAGAGAGAACGUGAAUCUUAAUAUUCAUAUUAGAUAUGAGGAUCUUCUGGCAGCGACAGUGAAGAAUACUGUCUGAUGGGAAUGUAACAGCAUGUAGUCUGGUUGAAGUUUACCAAUGGUUCUCCAUCAGGAAACUUCUACCAGACUGCGCUAUGUCACACCUUAGAAGAUAGUGCUCUUCAAGUAUCAUCAUCGUCAUGAUACAGGGCAUGCUUUUCUAAGCUUACAUUCCCAAAAUGUUAUAGUAAAAAUUACACAGUUUCAAACAUGUCUUGGACCACGUUAACUUAUGCAUGCUGAUAUUCAGGUUACAAAGGCAGUCAGUUUAAAACGACUUGAGAUAAGUGGCGAUUUACUUUAUAUUUAAUAUAACCUGGAUUGUCGCAGUGAUCAGCAGCUACAAGCUGCAUGGUGUCCAGUUAUGACUUGUAGAGUACAAGUUUAGUAUGACAUGAAAGAAAUUCACCUACUUAAGACACCUCACUACAAGUGAGAAAACACUGAAAGAGGAACUUUGACAAACUAUACAUAAUUAAAUGUGGCAUUCAGUUUAACAGCUACAACAAAUACUAAUACAAUGGAUCUUAUACACACCUGUAUUACGUUCAAAAUGGCGCGGACAGUGACUGGUUCCAUUAGUGGAGUUCUGUGCAACAUGCCGAUAAUAUGUAAAUUGAAUGUGAAUUUUUAAUCCUCCCACCCCUCCUGUAGCUAUACGAGCGACUGUAAGCGGAUGUUUUGUUUACUUGAUGUACAGUUCUGUAAUUAUAACAAUUGUAAAAUUCUUGUUGCAUCUUCAUAACUCUGGACUGAUCUACACAUUGCAUUCAUCAUCAUUAAUUUUAAAAUCACCUCACCAAUGUAUAUUUUGUACAUAAACAUAAUAAUCAUUGUGUAUUGUUGUUUGAAUUUUAGUCCAGGUACCUAUUAUAAAUACAUACGAUGCAGUAUAAAUAUAUGUAUAUAUAAAGAUUAAGGCUCGUCGUAAUAUUCAUAGAUGAUUGUAGUUGUAAGUAAUAUCCAGAUGUGUAGAUAAUAGAUACAGUGUGCACUGUCAUUCCUACAAAAUUGUCAACGCAUUUUCCGGUACUUAGCUGUUCUCCCUUUUGCAGUCAGAGUGCGUGCAAAUAGUUGUCUAUUAUCACUUGGCUUGGAUAAUAUGAGGAUGAUGUGUCGUUGAACAUCUCGCAUUCUAGAAAGUAGUAGUUUUUACUUUUUUCUUUUAAAGUUAGAAUUGUCAUUAAUGGUGAACAAGUGUUUUUCAAUGUCAGUUUGCUCAAAACGUCAUCCCAGAUUCUAUUUUCACUUUUUAUUGUGUAAAAGUGAGUAAAUCAUUAUAUAUUUUUUGAUGUGUACAAAAAGAAAAGGAGAAUUGGACACAGUGCUCGCUCGCAUGUUUGGAUUUGCAGCCAACUGAGUUCCCCAGAACAACUGAGACAGGAAACAAAACUUGUAAAUAUUUCAGAGACUAUCUUAGGCUGUGAUCUCUCUGCAUUAAGUUACUGAAUUUAAUUUGAUAAAAAGAUCAUCCAGUGAUUUAAGUUAUUUAAUGAAUGAAAAUAUAAAGUGUUAAUAAAAAUAAAUGGAAAUUCCUCCCCUUA